AGCAAUAAGCAAAUAUAAAAGCCCCAGUCUCAGUUCUGUUCAUUAUUGUAUGUUAUUUGCGAAGUAUACUUCCAAAAUGCAUUUGUACCGAAAUGGACAUUGAAGAAGUGCUAGGUAAGUAGGUUAAACGCUGAACAAAUCCAGAAGUAAUUUCGAUUCCAUUAAGACUAGAAAAUGCUCUUCAUUAAUGUGUGUAGGUAACUGCGGUGGCAUGUCACUGAAUUGCGGUGGCAUAUCAUUGAAAAUUAAUACUGAUGAAAGUGUAGCGUUGUAACCGGCCGUGAGCCUGCUUCCGUAUGCGCUAGCAUGAGCAAACAUAUUUUGUUUCCCACCAGACGCGAUAAUUACAGUCAGUUUAAAUAGCAAAAUCAAAUGUAAAUGAAUUAUAUCAAUUUUGGACAUGUCAAAACACAUGAAAUAGUCACGUAGGUUGAGACUACGCUAGCUAACACAUUUAACUUAGAGUAGGCUAGAUGAACAAGUGGGCUGCCUUUUCCCUCGUAUUUAUCUUUUUAUAAAUAGAUUCGGCUUUUCUGAUAUGCGAGCCGGCUCCUAACGUUCACCUACAAGAGCCGGCUCUUAGAGCCAACUCGUUGGCGAACGACUCAUCACUGGUGGACAUCCACCGUGAGUGGUAGACCUUCCAAGCCAGUAAUCUGGCGAGCUCAAACUAAAAUCAGGGCGCCUACUCCUACAAGGUUAAUUGACCCACAGUCCCACACCGUGGCGUGAUAUAAUUCACUUGACAUUCAAAUGAGUCAUAUGUCACCAUUCCGAUUAUUUGGUGCGGGUGCCUCGUGCCGCCUGCGGCAAGAUGCCGCACGGGGCUGCUGACCAUGUCGCCCAUAACUAAAUCAUAGGUCAGCAUUUUUGAAUGAAAUCUGACGUAAUAAUGAUAUAUGAUGACGUAAACGAGCAAUAAGCAAAUAUAAAAGCCCCAGUCUCAGUUCUGUUCAUUAUUGUAUGUUAUUUGCGAAGUAUACUUCCAAAAUGCAUUUGUACCGAAAUGGACAUUGAAGAAGUGCUAGGUAAGUAGGUUAAACGCUGAACAAAUCCAGAAGUAAUUUCGAUUCCAUUAAGACUAGAAAAUGCUCUUCAUUAAUGUGUGUAGGUAACUGCGGUGGCAUGUCACUGAAUUGCGGUGGCAUAUCAUUGAAAAUUAAUACUGAUGAAAGUGUAGCGUUGUAACCGGCCGUGAGCCUGCUUCCGUAUGCGCUAGCAUGAGCAAACAUAUUUUGUUUCCCACCAGACGCGAUAAUUACAGUCAGUUUAAAUAGCAAAAUCAAAUGUAAAUGAAUUAUAUCAAUUUUGGACAUGUCAAAACACAUGAAAUAGUCACGUAGGUUGAGACUACGCUAGCUAACACAUUUAACUUAGAGUAGGCUAGAUGAACAAGUGGGCUGCCUUUUCCCUCGUAUUUAUCUUUUUAUAAAUAGAUUCGGCUUUUCUGAUAUGCGAGCCGGCUCCUAACGUUCACCUACAAGAGCCGGCUCUUAGAGCCAACUCGUUGGCGAACGACUCAUCACUGGUGGACAUCCACCGUGAGUGGUAGACCUUCCAAGCCAGUAAUCUGGCGAGCUCAAACUAAAAUCAGGGCGCCUACUCCUACAAGGUUAAUUGACCCACAGUCCCACACCGUGGCGUGAUAUAAUUCACUUGACAUUCAAAUGAGUCAUAUGUCACCAUUCCGAUUAUUUGGUGCGGGUGCCUCGUGCCGCCUGCGGCAAGAUGCCGCACGGGGCUGCUGACCAUGUCGCCCAUAACUAAAUCAUAGGUCAGCAUUUUUGAAUGAAAUCUGACGUAAUAAUGAUAUAUGAUGACGUAAACGAGCAAUAAGCAAAUAUAAAAGCCCCAGUCUCAGUUCUGUUCAUUAUUGUAUGUUAUUUGCGAAGUAUACUUCUAAAAUGCGUUUGUACCGAAAUGGACAUUGAAGAAGUGCUAGGUAAGUAGGUUAAACGCUGCACAAAUCCAGAAGUAAUUUAGAUUCCAUUAAGACUAGAAAAUGCACUUCAUUAAUGUGUGUUGGUAAUUGCGUUGGCAUGUCACUGAAUUGCGGUGGCAUAUCACUGAAAGUUAACACUGAUGAAAUAUAGCGUUGUUACCGGCCGUGAGCCUGCUUCCGUAUGCGCUAGCACGAGCAAAAAAUAUAUGUUGUUUCCCAUCCGACGCGAUAAUUACAGUCAGUAUAAAUAUCAAUAAAAUGUAAAUGAAUAAUAUUAAUUUUGGACAUGUCUAAACAUACAUGAAAUAGUCACGUAGGUUGAGACUACGCUUGCUAGCACAUUUGACUUACAGUAGGCUAGAUGAACAAGUGGGCUGCCUUUUUCCUCGAAUGCAUUAAUGACCAGUACACAUGAAGAGUGGUAAUAUGUGGACAGUGUACAUAUGCUCACAUAAAAUGUGGGACUGGAACCCUGACAAUGUAGUUAUUCAUAGUUGGUAAAACAUAACUGUUGAAACGGACAUAAACAAUAGGUGAAAUUCUGUACUUCACAGGUCUUGAAUGUUCCCAGGCACUGGAGCCUGGUGAGAUGGUUACCUCUCCAUCUCCCAGUAAGUCCCAGAUCUCAGAGAUUGAUUUUAUUCCUGGGACCAGUGCGAUGACAACUGAAAAUCUUGAAAAUGACUCUCUAGAGAACCUCCUGAGGUCUCAUCCGUAAGUCUGUUGUAGGGGUGUGACUCCUCCCCAAUUUGCUUCCUAACUUCCUGUCUUUCUAGGGAGAUUUUCCAAACCAUUUUAUUUCUGCAUCUUAUUGUUCUGUGUGUCUGUAUAAAUGCUGUGUGACAACUGAUGAUCUAAACAGGAUCUUAGACAAUUAACUUGAAUAGAUGACACAUCUUAUUAAAGAUUUAUGUUAUUUGUUUGUUUUCCAGGAAGAAAAAGGUUAUCAGGAAGGUCUUGAAAGAAAAGGUACUUAUUAUAGUUCUCUUUUGAGGUUGAUCAUUGUGCUCAUAAUACAGAAGAUCAAGUAGUAAAUGCUUGUUUGAAUGUGAUUUUUUUUUUCUUUCGAUGUAUCUGUUUCUGUUUUGAAGGUGGUGACAAUCGGCAAGUUGAAGGAUAUCAUUAAUUGGCUGACCUUUCUCUUCAAUGCGGUCUUCCUACCAGCAAUGUUCCUUUACCAGCCGUCAACCUUGGGCGGGAAGUCCCAUCAGCCCACUGCUGACACAGCUGAGGAGGUCCAAGCAGAGGCAGACCACAGCAGAGGCAGACGAACAGCAAGACCCUCCAAUGUCCCCAAGGACGCCGAACUAAUCAGCAGUAAAAUCCUGGAAGAUAUUUUUCAUUCACUACAGAAGGAAAAUAAUUCCCAGACUGACCCCAUGAGAGAUAGUAAAUUCACCUCAGUAAAUUCAGCGGAGCCCCAGGGACCAACCCAGUACUCAAAAAGGCCUGUCAACAGGAUCCUAUGGGAGAGGAUCUGUUUCUUUGGAAAGGGACUCAUCCACCUGGCUUACAAGAUGGUUCUGGACAACACUAUAGGCCUGAAGUCAGUGGCCCACCAGGGACAGUCCCAAGAAGACCUGGUCAACAUCCACAGAAUGGAGAAUACAUUUGUAGAAGAACUGUUGCUGAUGUUCUGCAAAGCUGCCACCAAACAUCUGGUGAUAGAACUAAUGGGCCUUCCAUCCAUCCUGGAUAGUGGCCUGCACUUCAAGUUGAUAAACACAGAUGCCUUGGGGUCCACAUCAAGAAAUGAAAUGUGGGGCAGCGACUCAAGAUUAACCAGUGAUUUUGUGCUGAAACAGACUGGUAUAAACUACAUACAUGUGAUGGAAAGCUCCCUAAUCUGCCAGUCCUCUGACUUCUCCAUUGACAAGAAUCAGGCAAUAAGGGCCAUCUGCGAGGUUAUGCUGUCCAAGAUGAGAGGCAUCCUGAAUAGAACGUCCAACAACACUGAAGAAUUGCUUCCCCCCCAGAAAGGAGUUGAUUCCGAAUAUGAAGACAUGCUACGCUGCAGUGUUCCAGAGGAACUGGCUCUGACUGAAGAUCUCAUAGAGAAGACUCCCUCCCUCCUGGAGAAGACUCCAUCACUCCUGCAUGAAGAGAUCUCUCUCUCCAGGCCUUCCACUGUCAUGAGCUUCCAGACCCUGAAGGUCAUCAUCGAGGACACCAUGUACAGAACGUAUGCCCCAGAGUGCCCGCAGUCCAGCAGGACCACCAACUCAUUUGGUCAAAUGAAGGAUCUCCUUGUAGAAGUCAAGUGUGCCCUGGAGCGCUUUGGAAUCUCUGUUUCAUUAGUGAAGGACAGCGUGGAGUUCAGUGAGGUGACUGCGGUGGAGGACAUUGUGAAUGUUGCAUCAAAAAGGAUGUCCUUGAGUUUACACACCAACCGUGUUCAACUGUAUGCCGCACGCCAGGGUGACAAGGCAUCCAUUCGUUCAAUGGCAAACUCCUUCGCACUAGUCAUCAAGAACUACGUCACACGCUAUUGGAGCCGUUUUGGAGAUUGUAGUGGGGGGUCAAGCUCCUCAUCAGAAGAAAUCCUGGAAGAGGACAAAGGGAUGACACCCACUGAGAAGCAGAGAUGGAACUCGGCCGUCUCAGGGCUUCAGACGCCCUCCCACCUCAACCGGAGAAGGAAUUCUGCCAGCUCGGCUCAGUGCAGCAGAAGCUCCCCCUCCACCGACAGUUUGGGCAGCACCACACUGGAAAGUAAACCACCAAUAACUGGGGUUUCUCUGUCAAUGGAUGAGAAAUUGAGGGAUGAGUCGGUGGCCCUGCAUGAAGAGAUACAUGAAGAGCUCUCUCUCUCCAGGCCUUCCACUGUCAUGAGCUUCCAGACCCUGAAGGUCAUCAUCGAGGACACCAUGUACAAAACGUAUGCCCCAGAGUGCCCGGAGUCCAGCAGGACCACCAACUCAUUUGGUCAAAUGAAGGAUCUCCUUGUAGAAGUCAAGUGUGCCCUGGAGCGCUUUGGAAUCUCUGUUUCAUUAGUGAAGGACAGCGUGGAGUUCAGUGAGGUGACUGCGGUGGAGGACAUUGUGAAUGUUGCAUCAAAAAGGAUGUCCUUGAGUUUACACACCAACCGUGUUCAACUGCAUGCCGCACGCCAGGGUGACAAGGCAUCCAUUCGUUCAAUGGCAAACUCCUUCGCACUAGUCAUCAAGAACUACGUCACACGCUAUUGGAGCCGUUUUGGAGAUUGUAGUGGGCGGUCAAGCUCCUCAUCAGAAGAAAUCCUGGAAGAGGACGAAGAGAUGACACCCACUGAGAAGCAGAGAUGGAACUCGGCCGUCUCAGGGCUUCAGACGCCCUCCCACCUCAACCGGAGAAGGAAAUCUGCCGGCUCGGCUCAGUGCAGCAGAAGCUCCCCCUCCACCGACAGUUUGGGCAGCACCACACAGGAAAGUAAACCACCAAUAACUGGGGUUUCUCUGUCAAUGGAUGAGAAAUUGAGGGAUGAGUCGGUGGCCCUGCAUGAAGAGAUACAUGAAGAGCUCUCUCUCUCCAGGCCUUCCACUGUCAUGAGCUUCCAGACCCUGAAGGUCAUCAUCGAGGACACCAUGUACAGAACGUAUGCCCCAGAGUGCCCGCAGUCCAGCAGGACCACCAACUCAUUUGGUCAAAUGAAGGAUCUCCUUGUAGAAGUCAAGUGUGCCCUGGAGCGCUUUGGAAUCUCUGUUUCAUUAGUGAAGGACAGCGUGGAGUUCAGUGAGGUGACUGCGGUGGAGGACAUUGUGAAUGUUGCAUCAAAAAGGAUGUCCUUGAGUUUACACACCAACCGUGUUCAACUGCAUGCCGCACGCCAGGGUGACAAGGCAUCCAUUCGUUCAAUGGCAAACUCCUUCGCACUAGUCAUCAAGAACUACGUCACACGCUAUUGGAGCCGUUUUGGAGAUUGUAGUGGGCGGUCAAGCUCCUCAUCAGAAGAAAUCCUGGAAGAGGACAAAGGGAUGACACCCACUGAGAAGCAGAGAUGGAACUCGGCCGUCUCAGGGCUUCAGACGCCCUCCCACCUUAACCGGAGAAGGAAAUCUGCCGGCUCGGCUCAGUGCAGCAGAAGCUCCCCCUCCACCGACAGUUUGGGCAGCACCACAAAGGAAAGUAAACCACCAAUAACUGGGGUUUCUCUGUCAAUGGAUGAGAAAUUGAGGGAUGAGGCGGUGGCCCUGCAUGAAGAGAUACAUGAAGAGCUCUCUCUCUCCAGGCCUUCCACUGUCAUGAGCUUCCAGACCCUGAAGGUCAUCAUCGAGGACACCAUGUACAGAACGUAUGCCCCAGAGUGCCCGGAGUCCAGCAGGACCACCAACUCAUUUGGUCAAAUGAAGGAUCUCCUUGUAGAAGUCAAGUGUGCCCUGGAGCGCUUUGGAAUCUCUGUUUCAUUAGUGAAGGACAGCGUGGAGUUCAGUGAGUUGACUGCGGUGGAGGACAUUGUGAAUGUUGCAUCAAAAAGGAUGUCCUUGAGUUUACACACCAACCGUGUUCAACUGCAUGCCGCACGCCAGGGUGACAAGGCAUCCAUUCGUUCAAUGGCAAACUCCUUCGCACUAGUCAUCAAGAACUACGUCACACGCUAUUGGAGCCGUUUUGGAGAUUGUAGUGGGCGGUCAAGCUCCUCAUCAGAAGAAAUCCUGGAAGAGGACAAAGGGAUGACACCCACUGAGAAGCAGAGAUGGAACUCGGCCGUCUCAGGGCUUCAGACGCCCUCCCACCUUAACCGGAGAAGGAAAUCUGCCGGCUCGGCUCAGUGCAGCAGAAGCUCCCCCUCCACCGACAGUUUGGGCAGCACCACAAAGGAAAGUAAACCACCAAUAACUGGGGUUUCUCUGUCAAUGGAUGAGAAAUUGAGGGAUGAGGCGGUGGACCAGGAUAAUGGGAGAUCAGAAAAGGGGAUACUCAGAAAGACUCUGUUUCUAAAGAAAAAUAAGGUGUCUCCCUUGUGUACCACAGGACCUGUAGCAGUUGACGAACCAGAGAAAAAACGGUCUCUCCUGAAGAGGAUAACAUCCGGACUGGCAAAGAUAUUUUGCUUCCCGUGCAAGAAAAGAAGCAAGAAGUAAAGGCCCCCUCUGUCACGAUUGGCAUUGUGGUGGAGAGGAAGGAACCAGGCGCAGGCAGAGUGGCAGUCAAUGAAGCAAUUAACUGAAAAGAACACAGAGCACUGAAACACACUAAACGAAAACAAAAGGUCUGGCUAUGCAGCAAAACUACAUUUACCACAGACGAGAACAAACGUAGACAAACACACACACACACAAACACACACUCCACUGUCCCCAAUUCUAAAUAAAUACAUUGACUUUCA